UCUUAGUCACUGGGUUCUCCACUAUGGUGUUAUAAUCAACAACUCAAACCAAUUGGUUUACUAAUCAAGAUUUAACAUAAUUUAUGAGUUGGCGUCGUUAAUCUUAAUCGUGAAAAGUAGAUUUAGGUUGCGCUGUACAAUGUGUUCUCAACUUUACGAAAUAACAUUACAAUACUGAACCACGUUAGCGAUCAAUAGCUAACCCUAAUGUUAAUCAAAACAUUAAGCUGGAAGGACAGUGUGAUGUCUGCUUGGACUAGGAAUUAUAAAGACAUAAAUUGAAUGUAGCCUAACGUUAUAUCAUCUCGCUCAGGCUUCUCAUCGAUUACGUUCAGUUAUGUUAAGUCCAUGCCAGCUUGCUAACUAACGUGUUUUAACCUAACGUUACAGCUGAAUAGACUAAACUACCGGGCAGGAUGGAUGGGUGCGUGGUCCGUCUCCACACACUGGCAUUCAAGCCCAAAGUAGAUGGCAGUAGAGACGUCUUCACGGCUCAGCCUAUCAUUGUUCACUUCCAUGAGCUUCUCGAAUCAUGCAAUCCUUCUGAACUUCUGGCACAGGUUGAUAACAAGGAUGUUCUUCGUGCCGUGGUUGCCUUAUAUGAUGUAUCUUUACCAGACAUCGGUGCUUCUGAUAUUCUUGACACCGUUCAAUGCAGUGGGGCUCACACCAUUGUUCUUCUACGGCCUUCCAAAGAUGUUCUGGAGGAGUACCAGCGGAGGAGAGCGUUCUCUGGCCAGAGGAGAGAGGGCUCUGUCUGUGCGCUGUCGUCCUGCGCAGGGGAGGACAGCGAGCCUCACUUCAGCUCCUGCUUCAGUGACUCAGAGGAGAGCACAGAGGAGAGCUCCGUGGACCAGGAGGACACCGCAGGAGCCCUGGGGUCUGUGUGGCAGCGCUUCUGCCGUGGUCUGGAGGAGUUCCAGGCCCUGGCGCAGCAGAGGAGGGCGCUGAGGCGGGCAGCCAGGGGCGAGCAGCUGCUGCCACCCUCCGCUGUGGGCGUGGAGUCACUCAUCGUGGGCGUCGCCACCUACGAGCUCAAGACACUGACCACGGGAGACAAGGUGCUGCAGCUGUCACUCAUCGCCAUCAGGAAGUCCUACCGCAGCUGUGGAGUGGGCCGCUAUCUCAUAGAGCUACUGAAGUCUCAGUCCGUAUGUGGGUCUUAUGAUGCUCUGCUGGCUCACGCUGACACAGAUGCCCUUAACUUCUUCACAUGCUGUGGUCUGAUUGAUGAUGCUCUCCUCAACGACAAGUUCAAAGAGGUGAGAGAUGAGUGGACCAACACAACACUGCUGAGCUACCUGCCUGCCUUUACUACAGAGUCUGAGACCAGGAAUCCAGGCUUUUCCCUGAGUCUGUCAGAGCUUGAGCUGGAAGUGGACAUGACGCGGAUGAAGGCUCUGGCUGCAUACCAGCAGCAGGCUGUGUGUGUGACACGACUGGUGAGGGAGGUCAAGACCCUGAGAGAACAGCUGGAACUGCAGAGGCGAGAGAAGGAUAACCUGAACUAUGAGCUGGAGUUGGAGAGGGAGCGGCGGCACAAGAUUGAGAGGAUGUUCUUAGAGUACAAACUGAGGAAAGCGCGACAGCUUCUGGAGAACCCAUCUCACUCGGACGAUGGAGAAGCGUCUCUCAGUGACCCUCCCAGCCCAGCAGACUUGAGGGAGCUGUUGAAGGAGCACGAGAGGCAGCAGGAUGUCAACAAGAACAAAGAACUUCAGAACUCCUAGCCUGUCCAGGGGAGACACAAGUGCAGUGGGGUGUGUGUUUGUGUGUUUGUCUAAUGUAACCUUGAACUGCUGUAUAGUAAACGGAAAACGGAUUAGGUCUCAGAGCUUUGAAAGCUUUGUGGGAAUAUUGCCUCAAUGUCAGAUCAUAUUGUGUUACCAGUACGCCUCAUUCAUUUGGGGCCCAAAAAUGUAUGAGACUCACUAAUACUAAUAAAGCCUUGUGUCUUUGCGUGUCACUUUGGUACCUGACAAAUAUGAGUAGGGAGUGUGUUUGGUUACCAUGGAGAGGGAUGAGUAGGGAGUGUGUUUGGUUACCAUGGAGAGGGAUGAGUAGGGAGGGAGUGUGUUUGGUGACC